CUCGAUAGAUAUACACAAUCCACGAGAGAUUGCUUGGAUAGCUAGCCGCGCGGCACACAAGAAUCACGUCUUGACUCUCGCACUUAUUUUGCUUCGGCUGCUCAUUCAUACAGUGUAGCUCUAAGCAGCUCUCGCGAGCCGCCGCAGUGCCACACGUCUCGCUUCCUCCUCGGCCGACUCUCAACAAUUGUUUACACGUUCAAUUAUUCGACCUAGAGCUAUUCUGUCGUGACUCGAGCGGUUGUACGGACUAUCGUUGAAUCGUUGGGAACGAUUGCGGAGCAACAACAUCGUCGACGCACAACUCGACCGUUCGACGAUUGCAUAGAUACGUUGCAUACUUCCAUAGGCUAGCUCUUCGUCAGUUAUAAUUGUGCGAAGCCAUGGCCAAGGUGCAAGUCGUAAACGUCGCCGUUCUCGACAAUCCGUCGCCCUUUUACAAUCCCAUGCAAUUCGAAAUCACCUUCGAAUGCAUCGAGGAACUCAAAGAAGAUUUGGAGUGGAAAAUGAUUUAUGUUGGUUGUGCUGAAUCUGAAGAGUAUGAUCAGAUCUUGGACACAAUAUACGUUGGCCCAAUCCCUGAGGGAAGGCACAUGUUUGUUUUCCAGGCUGAUCCCCCAGAUGUAACAAAAAUCCCUGUCAAUGAUGCAUUGGGUGUCACAGUAGUUCUACUGACUUGUUCCUAUAGAAAUCAAGAAUUUGUACGAGUUGGUUAUUUCAUUAACAAUGAAUACACGGAUCCAGAGCUAAAGGAAAAUCCUCCACAACAACCUCAGUUUGAUAAAGUGCAAAGGAAUAUCUUAGCUGACAAACCACGUGUUACUAGGUUUAAAAUUAAUUGGGAUGAUGGCACAAAUGCGCAAUCCAAUACUAUGAAUGAUGGAAUGGAUGUUCAAAAUGCAGCUGCAGAUGACAGUAUGACAGAUGUUGCGAAUAAUUCUCUGAGUUUUACAGAAAAUACGCAAAACAGUAUGGAAGUAAUGUAAAAUAUUAUAGUUAAUGUAUUAUAUUUUACUUGAAUACCCAGACUUGAGGUGGUAUUCAAGCUAAUCUAUUUGUAAUUUCAUAGAGACACGUUUGCAAGUGAAACUUGAUUUUUAUUUUGAUUGUCGCCAUCAUAGUCAUACAAUUAUUAAUUUCUUCAUUUAUUUAUUAUUUUUUUUUAAUUUAAAAAUUAAUGACUUGAUAUGGGUUAAGUUUAAAACCAAUAUUUUUCAUUGAUGUCAAGUAUAUAGUCUUAGAUUAAAUUUAAAACUAAUCUACUUGUGUACUGCGCUAUCUGCAAAAAAUUGAAAGCUAAUUAUUCUAUCAAAGAUAGUUUUCAAAUGUUACAAGGCAAUGGCAAUUUUAACUAUUUAAUACUUGAUUUCAAGAUUUUAUUUUAUCUGUUGAAAAAUUAUAACAUGUCAAAACAUGAUCAAUACCAUUUCAUGUUACUUUUAGGUUCACUUGUUCAUUGCCCCUAGAUCAAUUUUUAUAAAUUCCCAUAAAAUAAGCUACUACUUAAACAAUCCCUGUAAAUAUAUACAUAUUAAAUAGUAUUUUCUACUUACAUAUA